AUGGCCUCACUGGUAUUCCAGCUGGCCAGUGCUCUUCCUACGCCUAAAGCCCACAUCAAAGUUGCACCAGACGUGCAAUCAGGCCACCCAGAGGCGUACGCUGUCUUCAUGCGGGCACCAAGACUUAUUCUUGACGAUGUCGCCCGGAAGCGUCAAGCUGUACCUGGGGACGGCCAACCCGACCCGAACCGAGCCCCGAUAACGCCCGAUAACAUCUUCGUUCUGCAGUGUCCCGACGCCGGGUUCUUAGGAGAUUGUAUAUCCUUCGGCGCACCACCCGGACGAUGCGUGGGCUAUUCUAGCUUCAACACCAGCCAGGCUUUUCUGGACAAAUACGACAACCAAACGUCUUCUCUAAGCACAAAUACAGGGGGCCAAUGCCAGUUUUACAAAUUUACUGGCUGCGGCGAAAAGGGGGAUGAUCGUGGGGUUGCUCUCAGUUAUAAGUUCAACCUUGGUGUUGCCGAUAUCGGUUAUGGCGGUGAUUACGAUAAUCAAAUCAGCUCUUGGAAAUGCUGA